AUGGCAGAAACCGGUUUUGCGCAUGAAGUCAUCUCUGUUAUUCUCCGCCUUUCUGAACUCUCCUCCGCUAUAAUCGUCCUGGGCAUCCUCUCACGCUUCUGCUACCUCGCGGGUAUCGCGGAAGCGCAUGUCGAUGAACGUAUCAUCUACACCAUCUUCGUCGCAUGCCUCGUCAUUAUGUACUCCAUAUGUUUCUGUCCGCCUUUCAAGUCCAUGUUCUUGGGUUUCUCAUUCGACUUUGUCAUGUUUGUCAUGUGGCUCGUGGCAUACUGCUUGCUCCAGACGAGAACUGGCAGUCAUCUCUGUUCCUCCAGUUGGUACUACAAUUAUUGGGGCUACUACUGGGGUCGCCUCUGGCGAGUCGGACCUGUUGGGACGGUCAAUGUCGAUGCGGCGGGUUGCGCCUCAUGGAGGACAGCUCUUGCCUUUGCAUUCAUUGCGUGGUUUCUCCAUAUUCUGAGUGGCGUUCUCGGUAUAUACGUUUUCCGUACUUAUAUCAAGCUCGACGAGACAAAAGCCGAUAUAAAGCAACAUGCGGAAAAGCUUGCCAAGUAA